AUGAAGAGACAUGGUAGUGCUGUAGAUGAAGGUGAAAACGGUCAAGAGAAUGAAAAAAAAUCUAAACACACUUUAGAAAGUGACGAAGAAAUUGAUGAAGAUGAAAAGGGGGGACGAAUGAAUGAUUCAGAACUGGCAGUUGGCCAGGAACCCGAAACUAUUGGGCAUGAUGGGGAUAUUGUUAUUACGCCGUUCAAUAUGCGCGAGGAGUUAGAAGAGGAUGGACAUUUUGAUGCUAGUGGAACUUUUAUUUUCAAGAAGACAAAUGAAGCUGGCGAUAACUGGCUUGAGGAUGUAGACUGGAGUGAAGUACGCCGUCACGAAGAGCAGUCUGGUAAAGUUGAUGACCCUGCUCGAUCAGCUCCCGCUGUUAAUCCUGUGGCCGAGGAAGAAGCGCUACCAGAAGCAACCACCGAACAGCAGACAGAUCUCUAUCAACGCAUUGCUUCUUUCCUUCAACCCGGAGAGACAGUGCUUCGGGCUCUCCGACGACUUGGUCCGACUAAAUCGGCAGCCCAAAGGCAACGAGAACGCAACUGGAUACGGAGGAAGGACGGCACAACCGUGGCUGAUGCUGCAAAGAAGGUUCAAACUCCAGAAGAAGUUGCCAAGGCAGAAGCCUUCGCUAAGCUCACGGAGUUAGCCAACGAUCUACUGGGUAGCGGGGAUUUUGACAUUUAUCAGAAAACUAAGGAAAUUCUGGAAGACGUAGUUACCAUCAGAAACCGUAGAAACGACGAUGAGAGCGAAUUGGAUGCGUUAGGAGCUGCUAUCGACAAUGAAACUGGCCUUGAGCUAUCGAGUGGCGACGGUGAAUUGAAAUCUUCUGAACCACCACCUGCAAAGUGGUUAGUGAAACGAGCCAAGAGUGCUGAAUCAGAUGCAGAAAUUGAAGGUCCAUAUGAGGAAUCAGUGCUUCGUGAAUGGCUCAAUGCACGACCUUCUCAUGUUUCGGAGAUCUUCGUCAAAAGGCAGGAUGCAAAAGACGAGGAAUUCCGCCAACUUCUCACAAUCAAUUUUAAAUAA